CAGUUAUUUAUGCUAAAUUUUUUCGAGCUUGACGUCGUUGUUGAUUUGACUAAAUUUUUGCUCAAGCCGAUAGAAAAGCAAUGGAUUUGAAUGAUAUUUUUGCAUUGAAGGAGCUGCUCGAUAAAAAUGUUGAAAAAAUUCACGCCAAAUUGCAACACGUGACGCGUCACUCGGAGAUUUUGUACAAAAUUCUGGACAUGCGUUGGGUGAAUGUGGUUAAAGGGGAUCGAGCACUUAUCGGUCUCCACGAUGUCUUACUAAGCAGCAUGAGUGGUGUCAACGAAUGUUUGAUCAAGUGCAACAUGCAAAUUGAUCUAAACAAUCUCGAACCAUUUGUCGCCAACAUCGGCGAUAGUCUGCAGCGCAACGACUUCGUGUGGCACGCUUACAAAGAUAGGAUUGAGUGUGUGAAGUCAGCACUGUCUCCGGUCGGGCCGGUUUCGGAUGGGCUUUUGUUCUCCAUGUGCUCCAGUAGGAUGAUAAAACCUGAUGCGGAGAUCCCAAAGCAAAAAGUAAAGCCCAUGACGGCCCCACAGUCCACUUCAGCACAGCCACAGGACACGGCCAUUGCUUCCGCUGAUUCAAAAGCGCUGCCUCCUAUUUCAACAGGCAAACGAAUCCUUAAGCCACCAAAAGGCGGAAAAACAACACCCAGCAGUGAAAUCUAUCAUCAGAUCGUGAAGAAUGUAACCGCCUUUCCAGAGGGAAGUGUGAUAAAUGCCGUCGUGAUGCAUCUAAACAUAGCCAAAAAGUGUUUUUUUGUAGGCAUGUGGGAUGCAGAGCCGCUGCGAGAGUUGUUCUCGGGGAAGUUACAUCUUAAGGAGUUGGACCAGCUUCCCAACUUCGGGGAGAUCUUUGCGGUGUACGAUGACGGGAAUGACGGGGUCAUUCCACGUGUCAUAAUCAAUGAUUAUGCCGAUGGGGGUGGCUAUGAUGCCUAUUUGAUUGAUUUCGGCGAGCAUAUACACAUGAAUGGCGAAGAGACUAUAUAUGCCCUACCAGAUGACAUACGACUGCUGCCGGCGGAGGCCAUCAGAUGCUUCUUCAGAGAAUGCGAUGUGUCCCAUAUGACCCACUUCCGAUUCAAGAAAGUGACCUUGUGUGUUUUGGAAAAGAGGAGCGACGAUUUAAUAGUAGAACUGGUUGAUGAAAACGCAAACAACAGUCGUCGCAAGAAUAGUCUGCCCAAAGCAACUGCAGCCGAUUCUAUUCAAGAUCAGUCCGUGCCAGUCCCUUGCCAAACAACCAACCCAAAUGGGCCACAGCUAAGCGAGGCGGACAUGGCCAUGCCAAACGAUAUUGACGAGGGCACCAGUGACCCCUUAAAGGCUGUACUGGGCUUCAGACCCAAAGACGAACAACGAAUCUGUCGGCAUUACGAUCCGAAGAUCAAAGGCUGCUUCAAGGGUAGUAGUUGUCGUUUGGUGCACGAGCCCUUUGCAGCUUACGGCGCCACCAAGAACUUGGAGUUGGUAGACGCUCUGCCAGAGACCGCCAGACAUGCUCUGCUCUUACGAGAACUAGGAACAAUUGUGAAAAUGCUUGUAACCUGCGUGAGUAGUACCACGGUAGUCUAUGCCCAAUUUGUGGAUGGCUCUUCUCCUCUGGUAUGGACCAAGGACGAUGUCUUACGGGCCAAGAGUCAGUUUAAGCGGAAGCCGUAUAUGUUGGACAUUGUCUUGGCUCACUACAACGAUGGCUGCUAUUAUCGCGCCCAGAUCAUCGAGGAAUCGGAAAAUGAGUAUAAGAUCUUUUAUGUUGACUACGGCAAUACAGAGUUUGUGCCCCUAAACGCUCUGGUUCCUUGCGGAGAUGUUGACAGAAUGCGGCCUUAUCGCGCCGUUAGUUGCUACAUAGAGGGCGUCGUGUACAAAAGCUCCUUGUCUCAAAAAAAGGCCGUCGAGUGUAUGGAGUAUCUCAAAAGCAAAAUACUCAACGUGGAGGAAGACGUGAUGCUGGUCAGUAGUCUGCACAAUGGCUAUGAGAUUCGAUUCCUUGGCGACAAUGCCGAUCUGCCCGUGAAACUGAUGAAGCGCGGCUAUGCACAGCCCAAUCAGGACGGUCCUAAUCCAUAUGAUUCUGAUCUUGAUCAGUAAACGGAUUUCCUUUUCCUGUUAUAACAUAGUCAUUCAUAUAACAUUUCUUUAGUCCUUAACUUUGUUAUUUUUCAUUCGAUAUGAAUGUGCGACAAUGCCGAUCUGCCCGAGAAACUGAUGAAGCGCGGCUAUGCACAGCCCAAUCAGGACGGUCCUAAUCCAUAUGAUUCUGAUCUUGAUCUGUAAACGGAUUUCCUUUUCCUGUUAUAACAUAGUCAUUCAUAUAACAUUUCUUUAGUCCUUAACUUUGUUAUUUUUCAUUCGAUAUGAAUGUGCGACAAUGCCGAUCUGCCCGAGAAACUGAUGAAGCGCGGCUAUGCACAGCCCAAUCAGGACGGUCCUAAUCCAUAUGAUUCUGAUCUUGAUCUGUAAACGGAUUUCCUUUUCCUGUUAUAACAUAGUCAUUCAUAUAACAUUUCUUUAGUCCUUAACUUUGUUAUUUUUCAUUCGAUAUGAAUGUGCGACAAUGCCGAUCUGCCCGAGAAACUGAUGAAGCGCGGCUAUGCACAGCCCAAUCAGGACGGUCCUAAUCCAUAUGAUUCUGAUCUUGAUCUGUAAACGGAUUUCCUUUUCCUGUUAUAACAUAGUCAUUCAUAUAACAUUUCUUUAGUCCUUAACUUUGUUAUUUUUCAUUCGAUAUGAAUUAUGGUGCCGCCAAGAGAUAAAUGACGGUGAGACAACAACGCAAGCAGCCACAGCAAGCAUUGACAAUUCCUAUAGAUUGGGAAGACUGACGUUCUUCCUGUCGGAGCCACCUAUUUGUGUCCUAUUUAGUCCAUACCAAAUAAACAAUACAAUCAUAUGUAUGUAUAUGGA